CAUCCUCUAGCGGAAGAUAUGGACACUUCCAAGACCCCCGUUAAGCUCGCUAAAGUUACCAAGGUUCUCGGCCGCACUGGCUCCCGUGGUGGCGUCACCCAGGUCCGUGUCGAGUUCAUGGAUGACACCAACCGUAGCAUCAUCCGUAACGUCAAGGGUCCCGUCCGUGAGAACGACAUCUUGUGCCUCUUGGAAUCCGAGCGCGAAGCCCGUCGUCUCCGUUAAGACCUUUUACAUUAGUGAACAGUUCAAUACUCCGGACUUUCUCUUUUGUUAAACCCAAAAUACAUUUUAAAAACGAAAUAAAAGGCGAGCCUCCAAUAAUGAUGCAGCUUUCUUUCUCUUU